GAGUGUGCUACGUGGGACGAAAUAUCCACUCUUUCUUCGCUGCUGCUGUUUGGGAUUGAAAGGGAAUGAGCAUUGUUCCAUAUAUGAAUUUCAAGGGCACCUCCUCGAUUUCGAAUGUUUGCGUUGGUUGGUCGUGGUCCUUGCUUAAUAGAGCCUCAGCCGGAAUUUCAACACGAAAGCAGUUGCGAAUGCUAGAGAGUUCGGUCGCCACUUGAAAAUCGGACCGCUGGCGUAUUGUUAAAUUGAGCACGAAUUUCUAGAUAUCACGCAGAGAGCUACAGAACCAUAUCUCGAGGGGAACCAAGCUAGUCAUCACUGGUCUUAUCUCCCGAACAUUGGACUUUUCAUCAAGCAAGCUGAGGCGGCCGCGGAACCAAUGCUGCUCGAGAUACUAAUCAAUCCCUGGGCUUUCCUGGUCUUGCCCGUGCUCUUCUACCUCAUACCUUACCUCCGCAAUGCAUCCCUGAGAGAUAUUCCGGGACCGAUUCUCGCCAGGCUCACGAACCUUUGGUACAUGUACGAAUGUCGACGCUGCAGACGCUAUCUGACCGUGCAUGAAUUGCACGAGGUCCACGGAAAAUUCGUCCGCAUCACGCCUGACCAGGUCUCCAUUGCCGACCCGGAGGCCAUUCCGAUCGUCUACGGCCACGGCACCGGCACGCUGAAGUCCGAGUAUUAUGAUGCAUUCGUGUCGAUCGAGCGAGGACUUUUCAACACGCGAGAUCGCGCGCAACAUACUCGCAAGCGCAAGACCGUCUCGCAUACGUUUUCGGCCAAAUCCAUCGGGCAAUUCGAGCAAUAUAUCCAGGAGAAUCUGAGACAGCUCGUGAAGCAAUGGGACUCGCUCAGCUCCAAGGCUGAUGGUUCCUACGCCAAGUUUGACGCUCUGCACUGGUUCAACUAUGUCGCUUUUGACAUCAUUGGCGACCUCGCAUUUGGUGCGCCCUUUGGCAUGCUGGAGAGGGGUGCGGAUCUUGCAGAGGUCCAACUGACCCCCGGAGGACUGUCGACAUUUGCCCCGGCCAUCGAGGUGCUGAACCGUCGAGGAGAGGUUUCCAACACGGUAGGAUGCAUGCCGUCGAUCAAACCAUACGCAAAGUAUCUGCCCGAUCCGUUCUUCAGCAAAGGAAUGGAAGCCGUCAAGACUCUGGCCGGGAUCGCCACCGCGCGGGUCAAUGCCCGUCUAGCAGCGGCCGAAAAGGGUGAGGUGCAACGCGUUGAUCUCUUGGCGAGAUUAAUGGAAGGCAGAGAUGAGAACGGCGAAAAGCUAGGGCGUGCAGAGCUCACGGCGGAAGCGCUCACGCAGCUCAUUGCCGGUUCUGACACGACAUCCAACACGUCAUGUGCGCUGCUCUUCCACUGCCUGCAAAACCCAAAAGUGGUGAAAAGACUUCAAGCGGAAUUGGACGAGGCGAUCCCUGACGGAAAUGUGCCCCGAUUCGAGCAAGUGCGACAUCUCAAGUACCUUGACAUGGUGAUCAACGAAACGCUUCGCAUCCACUGCACAUCCAGUCAAGGUCUACCGCGGCUCGUGCCUCCUGGAGAUGGCAUCGAUGUCGUCGGUCGCCACUUCCCACCGGGGACCGUCCUUAGUGUUCCAGCGUAUUCAAUGCAUCACAGCAAGGAGGUCUGGGGUGCAGACGCCGAUGUUUUCCGUCCAGAGCGAUGGGAGAACGUGUCCGAGAGACAAAUCUCAGCCUUCAUACCGUUUUCGUACGGCCCUCGAGCUUGUGUCGGCAGGAAUGUUGCUGAGAUGGAAUUGGCUCUCAUCAUCGCCACAGUGUUCCGCCGCUACGAAUUCGAGCUCCAUCAAGACGAGCUCAAGACCAGAGAGGGUUUCCUGCGCAAGCCAUUGGGACUGCAGGUCGGUAUGCGUAAACGGGCGGGUGUAUCGUGAUAGAUCCGAAGGCGAGCAUGGCUACAGAGAUUGGAUUUGUUACCCGGUAUCUGUGGGUUUGGUGGCUUCGAAGAGAGUCACAUGCUUCACGGGUCACUAUUGUUGAGGGCGAUGACACAAUUUAAUGAGAAUUUGUGGAAAAGGCUCACCUUGCUUCACUUCAGCUCGAACUUUUGUCCUUUCGCACGUCACUUUCAGGCUUUCCAAGGUCUGUUGGAGCUUCAUUGCAAUUUCUGGUAGGACGACGAUCCGACAACAUCCGCAGGGAGGCUUCUGCACAUUGAUCAUCGUUAUCAUCAUG